CUCACUGGACCUUUUCCUUUAAAAAAACUCAAAAAAGUCUUUCAACAAAAUCACCAGACCUCUCUCUCUGUUUAUAUUUAUUUUUGUAUGGAGAGAUUAAGCAAAAUGGUAACAGAAAAGCCAGUUGUGAUAUUCAGCAAGACUGGUUGCUGCAUGAGCCACUCCAUUAAGUCUUUCUUCUCCGAUCUCGGCGUUAACACCGCCGUUUACGAGCUCGAUGAGAUGCUAAGAACUGGCCGUGAGAUCGAGACCGUGCUUUCGAAUCUCGGCUGCAAUCCGACGGUGCCGGCGGUGUUCAUCGGCGGACAAAUGGUCGGUGGAGAAAGUGAAGUCAUGAGUCUUCAUUUGCAAGGGGCCUUAAAGCCUAAACUCAAAACCGCUGGUGCUUUAUGGGUUUAAUUUAAUUAUAUAUAAAUAAUCAAAAUGAUAAUGUUCUUUUUUUUUUUUUGAGAAUAAUACUCCUAGUUGGCGUUUAAUGAUCGACAUGGAUCGUAAUGAAAUAAUGAAUACUCUUUUAUUACUAUUGUUUUUUAUCCCAAUGUGAAACUUCCAAAAGGAAGAUAAUAUGUAUUGAAGUACUUUCUCCGUUUAAAAAAGGAUGGUUUUGUUUUA